GGGGGAAGAUCGAGGCGGUGGGGUUUCGCCUGGAGACCAGCCCGUUGCUAUGAUGGAGCGGCCCAGGGUGUUGGAGCUGUACAGUGGGGUUGGCGGCAUGCACUACGCGCUGACAGAAAGUUGCAUCGCUGCAGAAGUUGUUGCUGCAGUUGACAUCAAUACUGUUGCUAAUGAAGUUUAUAAACACAACUUUCCUAACACUUGCAUCUACCCCAAAAUAAUUGAAGGUAUGACAUUGGAUGAGUUCAACAAAUUAGACUUUGACAUGAUCUUGAUGAGUCCCCCUUGCCAGCCAUUCACAAGAUUAGGGACACAAAAAGAUGUUUUGGAUUCCAGGAUCAAGAGUUUUUUGUACAUCCUUGACUUACUGCCAAGUCUUACAAAGCUUCCUAAAUAUAUUCUUCUGGAAAAUGUGAAAGGAUUUGAAACUUCAGUAGCGAGAAAUAAAUUGUUACAAACACUGGAGAACUGCAGAUACUCUUACCAGGAAUUCCUUCUAUCUCCAACCUUGCUGGGCAUACCGAACUCAAGACUACGAUAUUUUCUCAUCGCCAAGCUCCAACCUGGUACAUUUUGCAUCCAAACUUCCAAUGAGGUAUUAGAACAAUUUCCAGACCUUGAUAGUAUGGAAGCCUCAGAUAUUUCCAGUUUUAGUCAAACGUUAUCUGCUGAUGAUAACAAUAUGGAAGGGAUUACCGCUGACUGUUGUGCUAAUGAAAUAAAAAAUGGGAGAGAUGAAACUGUGCUGUACAAAUUAGAGAAAAUAAGACAUGUGAAGCAGAAACAAAGUCAGGACAAUAAUUCAUCAACGCAGAUGAUCCAAGAUUUCUUGGAGGAGGGAUUGCAAGAUCCAAGCCCAUACUUUAUUUCAACAAAAUCUUUAUUGCGAUAUGCAUUGAUACUGGACAUCGUUGGACAGACUUGUAGAAGAUCAGUAUGUUUCACUAAAGGAUAUGGUAGUUACGUUGAAGGUACAGGUUCAGUGUUGAAGACUGCAUCGGAUGUGGAGCUUGCCUCAGUAUUCCAGUCAUUUGAAACACUGUCAGAGGAUGAAAAGUUGACUCAGCUGGCAAAAUUGAAACUACGGUAUUUCACCCCAAGAGAAGUAGCAAAUCUCCAUGGAUUUCCUCCAGAAUUUAGUUUUCCUGAGAAAAUUUCACUGAAACAAAGAUAUCGUCUGCUGGGAAACAGUCUCAACAUCCAUGUGGUAGCCAAGCUUAUUAAAUUGAUGGUUGAAUGAUGCUGAAAAUCCAUAAUUUAAAUGAUGUAUGGUAUAUAAAUAUAUAUAUAUAUCUAUCUUUAUUUCAACCAAUAAUAAAAGAUUAAAUGAAUACGUUUCAAACACAACAGGUCAUUGAUAUUAGUUUUAAAUUAAUUUGUUUAUGUUAAUAUCUUGGAACAGUUUUAUCAUCUGUUCCUAUUGCAGUGAAUCAUAGCUCAGUCUGAAUUAUUUACUGUAUAUUGAAUUAAGUGUCAUUUACCAUGUAUUGCGAUGUAAACUCUUGAAAAUAAUAUUUUGAUGUAUAUCACAAAUGAUGCCUGUUUCUAAUAAAUACAUUUUAAAACUGC